UGAGAUUAGCAUAUUUGGCGCCUGUGUGGGUCCUUAGAUUGUUAAUAGAUAAGGCCUGGCCAGAAGAUUGUCGGGGACUCAUCUUGUACGCUUAACUGACAAAUUUGCUUACGUUCUUGCCAGACCUGCCACCUCAUCUCACCUAAAUUCUAGUUUUGAAGAUUAACCCCAUGGUAGUUUUCAUAUUCUGUUACCUUUUGUAAACUGGUCAAAUCCGUGGGCUUAGAAAACAAGGAAGAUACUGAGAGGCCCCGGUCUUUUAUCGUAGUGGGUUCUUCUAGAGCUGUUUGGUACCUCUCAUGGUAUUCUCCACUUUUGGGGAUAAACACAUAUAGUGCUGAGUGGUUGUUUGCAUUAUCAGGAAAAUUGUUAUCAUGGGCGUUGGGCUGGAGGCCUUGAUGCAGGAGAAGAACAGUGGGAAUUUUAUUAAAGCUUUUGGCUUUAUUUUAAAUUGAAAAGAGUUUUGGGUUGGGCCUCUGGGUUUGAUUUGUUAAAUUUUGUGUGUAUAUUAGUGGGUAAUAGAAAUGUAUUUGGUGGAGAUGGGUCAAGGGCAGGGGAAAUCUUUCAAGGAGUCCUUGAAGGCGCUUGAGGCAGACAUUCAGCAUGCUAACACCUUGGCAUCUGAGUUUCCAAGGGAGUAUGAUGGUGCUUGUCUGCAAAUGAGACUUUCCUAUAGCCCAGCAGCACACUUGUUCCUUUUCCUUGUGCAAUGGACCGAUUGCAGUCUUGCAGGGGCACUGGGUCUGCUAAGAAUACUCAUAUACAAGGUUUAUGUUGAUGGUACCACUACAAUGUCAACACAUGAACGAAAAGCCAGCAUUAGAGAAUUUUAUGCUGUAAUAUUUCCAUCUUUAUUACAACUUGAAGGAGGGAUAACAGACAUGGAAGAUCGUAAACAGAAAGCAGUAUGUAUGGAAAGAUAUAAGAAAAAGGUUGAUGAAGAGAGGGGACAACUUUCUGCACUCGAUUUGGAACGGGAAGAAGAAUGUGGAAUAUGCAUGGAGACCAAUAGUAAGAUUGUCUUGCCUAAUUGCAACCAUGCCAUGUGCAUGAAAUGCUACCGAGAAUGGCAUGCACGGGCACAGUCAUGUCCAUUUUGCCGUGAUAGUUUGAAAAGAGUAAAUUCAAGAGAUUUGUGGAUAUUUACAGAUAGUGGAGAGGUAGUGGAUAUGACAACAUUGGCAAGAGAGAACUUGAAAAGAUUGUUUAUCUAUGUUGAAAAAUUGCCACUCUUGGUUCCUGAGAAUGUAUUUAGUGUUUAUGAUGCUCAUUAUGAUUCCCACAUCAAAUGAAAGUUGCUGAUGUUAUUGCAGCUCCCCAGUUUCUUUCUGGCAUUAACUGGUCGCAACCAGUGUUUAAAUCUAAUUGUUCAUUGGAUUCAACAAAAUGAUUAAGCAUCUCCGCUUCAUUGCAGAGAUAGUUCUACUGCCUUAUUGGCAGCAUAAGAUAGAUAGGGUUUGAUGCAAGGUAAAGAUUUAAGUGAAUCCAAUUCUAUGGGUUUUCCUUGCUUGUAUCUAAUAGUAUGUACGGGUCAGAAUGUACAGCAUACACCAUCUGUUUAUAUAACUGUAAUUGGAUAAUUCAGCCCGUAUGAUCUACAAAUGAUCUGGUUGGCUUUCUGUAUAUAUGUUUUAUAUCUGUACAUGAUGAGUUACUGGCAAAGGUAGAACAUGUUUGCCAUUAGCUUUCCUUUUAACAACCCCUGGAUUCAGAAGGAUGGAGGCAAAACAAGGCUUCUGCUCAAUCUUUGAAGUAUUUGCAGUCAAAGGUUAGCCUUUUGCAUUCUUGCUUAUCCAUUGUGUAAACAAUGUGAGAAUGUCAUUUAACUGUUCAAACAUCAUUUUAGUGGUGGUUGCAGGUUUGAAAAUCUCUCAAUCAAAUUUCAGUGAUUUAUCUGUGCCCUGAA